UCUCCAAGCGCAUUUCACAGUUACUUUCUGUAGUAGCUUGCACUUAAUAUCACUUUCUACUCGUUCACUCGUUCAUUCGUUCUUGAACAACAUGUCUGUGGCACCUUUCAGCUUGGCCAACGUCCAAGGCGAUGUUCUUUUCGGACUCCCAAAGCAAACCGAAAAGUUUCUCUUCUUCCAAAUCAACGACGUCGACGGCUUCCGCACAAACUUUGGAAAUGUCAUUCCUCUCAUCACAACCGCUGAACAAACCAGCGGAAACAUCUCUGAGAUUCGACAGACAAAACAGAGAAUCGGUCUAGCCGCCAACGAAGGUGACGGAGAAACAGUUCAUCCAGCUGUCGUCACUGUCUCUGGAGUCAACAUUGCUUUCUCUGCAAAGGGAUUGUCCAAGAUUGGUCUGGUCGACGAAGUUGGAGACCCUGAAUUCCAAAAGGGACAGAGGGCCGAUGCUGAGGAGCUCGGUGACGAAGGAACUGGCUCUGGCAGCUCUUACGAGCCUAAGUGGGAAUCGCAAUUUCUUCAAGAAAUCCACGGUGUUGCUCUUAUCGCCGGUGACAGCCACGAGUCAGUGGAUGAGAAGGUGCAGUCCGUGAAGGAGAUCCUGUCUACUACCAUCACGGAACUUCACAGCAUCACUGGUGAUGUUCGACCUGAUAGCCAGAGGGGUCACGAACAUUUCGGAUACAAGGACGGUAUCUCUCAGCCCGCUGUUGAUGGUGUGGAUACACCAAAGCCAGGACAGAUGAGUGUCGACCAAGGAACUGCUCUCUUCGGAAGAGGUGUCGACGCAAACACCGACCGUCCUGAUUGGACUUUGGAUGGCAGCAUCAUGGUUUUCCGCAAGCUUGCUCAACAAGUGCCCGAACUCGACAAGUUCCUUCUAGACACUGCCGGUAGCCAAGAAGGCGCCGACUUGAUGGGUGCCCGAUUCGUUGGACGAUGGAAGAGUGGCGCACCCUUGAUGAUCACCCCUACCGCCGAUGACCCAGCCCUCGGUGACGAUGCCAGCAAGAACAACGACUUCCGCUUCGUCAACAACGACCAGUCGAAAUGCCCCUUCCACGCCCAUAUCCGCAAGAUGGUCCCUCGCGGCGACUCUCUCCCCGAUUCCUUCCUCAAGCAGCACAUGAUCUUGCGCCGUGGUAUCCCAUACGGACCUGAAGUUUCCGAGUCCGAGAAAUCAUCCGGCGUGACUUCUCAAGAUCGCGGUCUGUUGUUCGUAUGCUACCAGAGCAGCAUUGACGCUGGCUUCAAGCUCCUUCAGCAAGGAUGGGCCAACGUUGCCGCAUUCCCUCCUCGUGCUUCCCCUACUCCCGGACAGGAUCCUCUUAUUGGACAGUCCACUGGAGAAAGCCCGAGGAUCAUCACUGGUGCUUUUGCCAACGAUACCUCGAAGCCUUUGACUCUGCUUCAGCACUGGGUAGACUCCAAGGGUGGAGAGUACUUCUUCACUCCUUCUCUCCCUACAUUGAGGGAUGUUAUCGCGAAGCAGUAA